CCAUUGAUCAACAGAUGCAAAAGGAUUCUCUUCCCAGCUCCUACUGCUCCUGCAAGGGAAAUCCGGCUUCUCCUGCGGCUUCUCCUCCUCCUCUCUACUCUGCAGAAACCCACGCAGAGCUCUGAGAGAUCAUAUUUGGAACAUGGCUUACAGUGACUUCCUCUACCCAGAGAACCCAAAGAGGCGGCAGGAAGUAAACCGUCUUCACCAGCAGCUCCUUGACUGCUUAUCUGACAGCUUCCAUGCCACCAAUAAGUUGACUGGGGUUCUAAAUAUGCACUUGGGGUGCAGGCUGGUCCACAUAGAGAUGAAGAGAGAUGGGACCAUCAAAGAAAACUGCGAUAUCAUCAUCCAAGCCAUUAUGAAAAUCCAAAAGGAACUGCAGAAGGUUGAUGAAGCACUAAAAGACAAACUAGAGCCAACCCUUUAUAGAAAACUCCAGGAUAUUAAGGAAAGGGAAACAGAGAAAAUUGCAAUAGUACAAAAGGUGAUCUCAGUCAUCCUAGGAGAAGCUACAUCUGCAGCCAGUGCGGUGGCUGUAAAACUUGUGGGCUCAAAUGUCACAACUGGCAUAAUUAACAAGCUGGUCACUGUGUUAGCUCAAAUUGGUGCUUCUCUCCUUGGCAGUAUUGGAGUUGCUGUUCUUGGUCUUGGCAUAGACAUGAUCUUCCGUGCUAUCCUGGGAGCAGUGGAGAAAACACAGCUUCAAGCAGCCAUCAACAGUUAUGAGAAGCAUCUGGUAGAGUUCAAGUCAGCCUCAGAAAAAUACCAUAAUGCCAUCACUGAGGUCACCCAUACAGUAAAACAACAAAUGAAAUGAACAGUCAUUUUAUUUGCCACUGGAAUAUUUUUCUGCUUCCUUCUCAAUAGUGCUUGCUGCUUUUAUUAGGCUCAUUCUCUUUAUGUUUUUAAUAUGCAUUUAAAUAGGUAAGCAAUUUUGAAAGGGGAAUUGAAGAUGCCAAAAACAGAUGGCUUUUGUAUCAACCAUAAAUGCCUAGAUCAGCUGGGGCUAGAUCCUGCAAAGUAAAAAAUUACAUCCCAGGAUGUUUUCUCACCCUGCUCUACCAAAUCAAUGUUGGUGUAAAUGCUACUGCAGAGAAAAAAGUAUAGGGGUUAACCUUUUCUUUUUCUGAUUUCCAACAAAACUCCUUAAAAUUUACAUUGAAUGCAGAGACUUUCAUUGAUUCCACUAGCUUCAAACAUUAUUUAGUAAUUUGCUUUAUGAUGAAAAGAUGCCAUGGACCUGUAAACUUGUAAUCAUACAAUGUAAUCUGGAUGGAUUAAAAAAAAGAUAAGUUAAAAAGAUAAAGGUUCUGUUUCUAUAAUUGUAAUCAACUCUGAUCAACUGUGAUGGUUAAAUAUCACUCAAGUGCAUGUUUCAACACUCUGGAACACAUGAAAAACAAGCAAAUAAAACACAGCU